AUGGCAAGCAGAAAUUCGGUAUUUCAAAAAUUCUUGAGAAAAGUUUUUAUUCGAAGACGUAAAAAGCCAAGAAGUCGUUUUAGUCGAAGUAGCAAACGUCCGAACGAAAGAUUAACACAUAAUAAUGUUACAAACAAUGAUAAUAAUACUUUUCGUGUCAAUAACAUGCCUGUGAACAAUGAAGAGAAGAAUUAUCUUACACCGUUAAACAUUAAUACACCCGACCGGACAAGUACAGGACUAUGUCGGGAUUGGCGCAGCGGCAACAAAAUUAUAGAUGACCUUAUACAAUUAAUCAGAUUACAAUAUCCUCAUCCAGCACAUAAUUUAAAUUGGAUUCCAUACGAGGAGUUUGCGAAUUGUGAACAUAUUGCAAACGGUGGUUUCUCUACUAUUUACAAAGCGACAUGGACCACAUCUGGCCAAACUGUUACGUUAAAAUCCUUGAAUAAUUCUCAAGAUAUAAGCAUUAAUUAUUUAAAUGAGAUUAAGGCGAAUUGGGAUCUAUUUUCUCAACCUCAAUUUUUGCAUUGUCAUGAUGUCUUCUCGCGGAAAGAUGGCUUAGCGCCUGCACACAACAAUAUUCGAACGCAUCCGGAUGCGGUAUAUCUUAGCAAAUUGUUGGAUUUUCCUGAAUUACGUGGAACGACACGACGUCGACAACAUCUUUCUUUGAAUAUUCCGCGUUCCGUAUCCGAAGGUAGUUCGAAUGACUUAUCCCAACAACCAACACAACCUUCCCAAGAUAAUCCAAAACACUUGUUAUCUUCUGGAAAUUUAUCUAAUUCAAAAUCUUUCCGAAAUACAUAUAAUCACCCUCCAACUAACAAAGAUACCAGAGAAAUAUCCAGAGAUGUGCAAGGUUAUGAAUCUGGGCGACCAGAAAUAGGUAAAAUCUGUAUUCUCGUGUUAACUCCAAAAUUAACCCCCGAGUUAUUAACCCCAGAGGAUUACUUUGGCAUCUUUAAUGCUACUCCGGAACAUUUGUAUUUCUUUAAAUUCAUGGAAAGACUUGAGCAUUUAUUAGAUAUACCACGUUAA